UCUAGUAGUUGACUAUAAGUAACAUAAAGUAUGUUUAAAAACCGAACGGCGUGGUUUUCUAAUAGUGUCAGGACAGGAAUUCCUCAAUUUUGGUUGUGUGAGGGUGGGACCCUUGCUUGUCAGAAGACUGCUGAUUAUCUUUUCAGUGCUGAUGCCACCUGCCCAGACACACAAAGGAUAUUUGGGAGUGAAGCCUACAUCAAGGACAAGGUUACCGUGUUCCACAGUCUCUACCUGUCUGCGUGUAAGAAGUGUCACAGCGUGAAGUCUGUGUGCAUAGGUCACUACGUGCUUCCUCCUGCUCCUGUUCAAGAUGAGGUGAGAGCUGUAUUUGGAAGGUUCUUAUGGGAGCAGGAGAAUCAUAAAACAGCGGAGAGUCCCCAAGAUCAACUGGCUUUGCCCAUUCAGAAGGAGGAAGAUAACUUAAGUGAAUCAGGAAUUAAGUUCACCUGCUCUGAUGUUACCACUGGGACUAAUCUUCAGAGAGAUCCACAUCUGUGUUGUGCAGUACAACAUUACCCUGUUAACAAUAUGAUAACAGGGUAUGUCAGCAUUGACGAGCUGAAGGGAUACCCGGGUGAGCUGCAUGACUUUAUACCAGGCCACUUUGGCUCCUCUGUCACCAGGGUGCACAGCACCAGACCCGGGGGGCCCUCGGAGCACCUGUCUAAAGAGCCCAGAGGCUGCAGAGCCCAGAGGCUGCAGAGCCCAGUGGCUGCAGAGCCCAGAGGCUGCAGAGCCCAGAGGCUGCAGAGCCCAGUGGCUGCAGAGCCCAGAGGCUGCAGAGCCCAGAGGCUGUAGAGCCAUAGGGAACCAACAGAGACACAACCAUAUACUGUAG